GCAGGGCCACAUGGCGACAAGGUUGUAAGGCAAAACAGAGAAAGCGUGAUGGGCUGCCCUAACCUCCACUCUGUGGCCCAGGUAAAGGCCAUAGCAACAAGAUAGAGAAGACAAGGUGAAGAGUCUUCGGUUCAAGGUGUGUCGUGAUCUCUCACGUGGGAUUCUGGAUUGCUAGAAGCUGCUUCACAGAACCUGAGUCCAAUGGCAGUAUAUUAUCCGGAAAGUGCCCCACCACCGUAUGAAAAUGUGAUGCACCCCGGGCCCCAAUUUCAAGCCAAUGAAGAGAUAGCUCAUGGAGGGGGGUGGCACAUGCCCCCCUACCAGCCCUACUACAUUCAGCCCCAGCCGGCAAUUCCAGUAGUAGUAUCCAGCCCCCCCCCGCAAACCCAGGUCACCGUCUGCAGCACAACGAAUGUGAGAUAUGUGAACAGGCGCCGCUAUUUUGGUAUAGCAGGGAUUGUCAUCCUCUGCCUUAUCCUGCUCGCCAUCGCCAUCUGGCUGGGAGUGCAUUAUGGGUACCUAAGGACAUCAGGGACAUCUACAGUUUUCGAUAUAAAAGCACAGAACACCUGUACCAAUAACACUAUCAUGUGUGACGGACAUCAGGAUUGCACCCUAGGCAGUGACGAAGGAGUAUGUGUGACUUUCGGGCUUAAUAGUACCCUCAUGGUCAGGACCAGCCAGGAUGAAAUUUUCCACCCAAUGUGUUCCCAAGGCUGGGGCCAAAAUUAUGCUGACCAGACGUGUGCUCAACUCGGCUUCCAAAAGAGUUACCAAUACACAUUGGUGCCAAACCAGGUGUCCCCUACUGUCUCAAUAACCAACCAGGCUUCACAAUUCAUCCAGGGAGAAGUCACUGUCAGCUCUUCAUGUCCCAGCGGAAAGGCUGUCUCUCUGAUGUGUACCAACUGCGGUCAGCAGUACAUCGGCACCCGGAUCGUAGGGGGCACUCAAGCCGAACUGGGCCAGUGGCCCUGGCAAGUCAGCCUCCACUACCUGGGCUCACACAUGUGUGGCGGCUCCUUGAUUGCCCCCAACUUUGUAGUGUCGGCUGCACACUGCUUCAAAUGGAAGACCCCAGAUUCCUCGAACCCCAGCAACUGGGAAGUUUACGGAGGAAUGAUCUCUCAGGACCAGCUGCCUUCCCCAUACCUAGUGAGCGGCAUUUUCAUAAAUGAGAACUACAACAGUAAUAACAAUGACUACGACAUCACCCUGCUCAAACUAACUCAGCAAGUGACCUUCUCAAAUACCUUUGCACCAGUCUGUCUCCCUGCCUUCAACCAGUGGUUUGCCCCUGGAACCACCUGCUAUACCUCUGGCUACGGGGUAACAUCACAGGGUUCAGCAACUGUAUCCACCAAUCUGAUGAUGGUGAACGUGGGCAUCAUCUCCACCUCAGUCUGCAACAGCGGCAGUGUUUAUGGUGGCCUAAUCACCAAUAAUAUGAUCUGCGCUGGUGUUCUCAGUGGGGGUAAAGACUCCUGUCAGGGAGACAGCGGUGGUCCACUUGUCUGCCAGGGCAGCAACCAGCUGUGGUACCUGGCAGGUGUGACCAGCUGGGGAGCAGGCUGUGCAAAGCCGAACAGCCCAGGUGUCUAUAGCAACGUCACCGCUUUGCUGCCCUGGGUCUACACCACAAUGCAGGAAUCGAUGUCAUGAUGUCUUCCUCCAUCAUCAGAAAGAUCCAUGUGCUAUUAUAGGCAAGCACCUCAUCUGAUAAUGAUCCCUGGAAUUCUUCUCUGAUGGACAAAGACCCAGGAGGACGAGUGGACAACUUAUGAAACAGUGCUUCCCUACAAAGGCAAAACAUUGCAACUAUACUCCAGCUACACUCACACUGACACUGUGAAAAGGGGUGUCUGUCUAUUUUUGUUACUGUUAUUUUCACUGUUUUUUUUUUUGUUCAACACAGCACAGUUGAACUAAGAAAUUUUGUCACGAUAAAACAGAACCUAAAACACUUGAUUUUGGUCAAACUCAACUUUGAUAAAAUAUGCACUUACUGCGUCUUGCCUUUGUAGGGCAGAAUAGGAGGACUUGAAAUGUUUGCACUUUACAUUGGGCCCACGGUAAUCGUUCUGUUUGGGUUAGCUCUCUCAAAUCUACAAGGGAAAGGGGAAACAGACCUGCUGCCAGAGAAUGAACAAAAUCGUAAAAGUGGGUCAGAAAAUUUUUAUAUAGAUGAAAUAGAAAAUCACAGUAAUAAAUCAUGAUGCAAGGUAUUGAGGUAAAAAGAUCUGUUUAAUAUGGCUCUUGGACAACUAUGCAGUCCUGCAAGGCCACUGUUGUAUUUUUUUUUUAUUCAUUGUUUAUGUUAGUGUUCAAUAUGUAACAGGUCUUAGUCAGCCACUAAUUAAUUAUUUAACCCUGUACAAUAUACACUGGCUCCAGUUUUAUGAAUGUUGUGUGUAAAUCCUGGAGCAAGGACUUAGAAAGGAUUAAUUGUGACAACAGAGCAAUAUCUCACACUGACCUCACACUUUUCUAUCAUGGGAAUCAUUUGCCUGCGUUUCUGAAUGAACCUCAGGUCUGUUUUUAUGUCCUUGAUUGCAAUGAUUGUCUGUGGACGUUAUUAAACUUAUUAUAAAACAUC